GGCGCCCUCCUCGCCCUCCUCCAUUCCAAGACCACAUCGACCGUUCGGGCGAGACAAAGGGCUCGAACUUGGGCUUCGACUACACGGAACCAGCCAGACCAGAGGGACCGCAGCCAUGGCCAACCCUAAAGUCUUCUUCGACAUCACGGCGGACGGCGCCCCGCUGGGCCGAGUGGUGAUGGAGCUGAGAGCCGAUGUGGUCCCCAAAACGGCAGAGAACUUCAGGCAGCUGUGCACAGGACAGCCCGGCUUUGGCUACAAGGGCUCCUCUUUCCAUCGCAUCAUCCCUGGAUUCAUGUGCCAGGGCGGUGACUUCACGAACCACAAUGGAACUGGUGGCAAGUCUAUCUAUGGCCACAAGUUUGAGGACGAGAACUUCAGCCUGAAGCACACGGGGGCUGGCUGCCUGUCCAUGGCCAACGCUGGACCCAACACCAACGGUUCCCAGUUCUUCAUCUGCACAGCCAUCACCAACUGGCUGGAUGGAAAGCACGUGGUCUUCGGCAAUGUUGUGCAGGGCCUGGACAUCAUCAAGAAGGUGGAGAGUUACGGCUCCAACAGUGGCAAAACCUCAGCCAAGAUUAUCGUUGCCAACUCCGGCCAGCUGUAGAACCCACCCCACCCCCAAGCCCCCCAAAACCCUGCGGCUUUCAGACCCUGAAACCUGGUUCAAACAGCAACAUUCCUGUCCGGCGUUACUCCUGGCCCAUCCUUCCAACCCGUCUGUAUCUGUCCCUCCUGACGAGUUGCCUUUUUGAUCAGUUCAGGUUUUUUUUCUUUUCAUUUGCAAAUGGGAGCCUGUGGGCUUUACUUUGUGUAUCAAAAAUCUGAAAAUAAAUAGGGGAACAAUUAA